UAUGUGCCCUUAGCUAUUAUCAUAUCUACGUAACAGAUUCGGAGAAGUGGGGCCCAAAAUGUUUAACCAAAAAAAAAAAAUAAUAAUAAUAAUAAUAAAAAUAAAAAUCAUUGACCACUUAAGCUUUCUGCCUUUUUUUCAGCCUUGUCCUCACCAACCAUCUUACUGCGACAACACCCAAAUUUUCGGAAAGGCAACGACGUAUCUUUGGGUUUAUCAGCAGAAGAAGAAAAAAAGGACAAAUCAGGAGAGAUGGCUGAUAAAUCAAGCGGGAAUGUUUCGCAAAAUGAUAAAAAGCGGCUAAGUAGUCCGGAUGUUGAGACGCCUACAAAGCGCGUUAAAACAGAAGACGGCGACGACUCGACACUGACCGAAUACAACAAAUACCUUGCGCAUUGGGACGACGGCAACGGUGAUUCUGAUAGCAAAUACAAGGGGAAUGGCUCCGGAUUUAGCGAUAGAUUACCGAAAGGCUCCCCGUUGGCGCAUUUCGAACGACGAAAGACAACUGCCAAACAAGCAUUCGAAGCUGAGAAUGGCGACAAUAACCCCUUCACGGGAGAACCGCACUCCCAGCAGUAUUUUAAUAUUUUGAAGGCAAGACGCAACCUUCCCGUAUAUAAGCAAAGACAAGAGUUUCUCGAUCUAUAUCACAAGUCGCAGAUCCUGGUUUUCGUCGGUGAGACUGGUUCCGGUAAAACGACGCAAAUUCCACAAUACGUUGUCUACGACGAACUGCCGCAUCUGAACCGAAAGAUGGUUGCAUGUACUCAACCCCGACGAGUCGCUGCCAUGUCCGUUGCACAGCGUGUUGCCGACGAGCUCGACGUCACCCUAGGAGAGGAGGUCGGUUAUAGCAUUCGUUUCGAGGACAAGACGAGUUCCAAGACGAUGCUUAAGUACAUGACCGAUGGUAUGCUGUUGAGAGAAGCAAUGCAUGACCACGAUAUGUCGCGAUAUAGCUGUAUUAUUCUGGAUGAAGCGCACGAGCGUACCCUUGCUACCGACAUUCUGAUGGCACUUCUGAAGCAGGUCACCAGACGUAGGCCCGACCUCAAGCUUAUUGUCAUGUCUGCCACGCUAGAUGCCCAGAAAUUCCAAAGAUAUUUUUACGACGCGCCCUUGCUCGCUGUUCCAGGUCGAACAUUUCCUGUCGAGAUUUUCUAUACACCUGAGCCCGAGAAGGAUUAUGUGGAGGGCGCGAUACGUACUGUGCUUCAAAUCCAUGCUGGUGAGGACGAGGGUGACAUUCUCCUCUUCCUCACUGGUGAAGAAGAGAUUGAGGACACGUGUAGGAAGAUUUCUCUUGAGGUCGAUGAGCUUGUGAGGGAAACCGAUUGUGGACCAAUGAGCGUCUACCCCCUUUAUGGUACCCUUCCUCCGCAUCAGCAACAGAAAAUCUUCGACCCCGCACCACCGCCGUUAAGGAAAGGCGGCAGGCCUGGUCGCAAGUGCAUAGUAUCAACCAAUAUUGCCGAGACAAGUUUGACAAUUGACGGUAUCGUCUACGUUGUCGAUCCCGGUUUCAGCAAGCAGAAGAUCUAUAACCCUCGGCUACGCGUGGAGUCGCUUUUGGUAUCUCCCAUCUCCAAGGCUUCCGCUCAGCAGCGAGCUGGUCGUGCUGGUCGAACGAAACCUGGAAAGUGUUUCCGCCUCUAUACGGAAAAGGCAUUCAAAGAGGAACUGAUUGAGCAGACGUACCCCGAAAUUCUCCGAUCUAAUCUUGCCAACACCGUCCUCGAGCUCAAGAAGCUUGGUGUUGUGGAUUUGGUGCAUUUUGAUCUCAUGGAUCCUCCUGCGCCCGAGACGAUGAUGCGAGCCCUCGAAGAACUAAAUUAUCUCAGGUGCCUCGACGACGAGGGAGAACUAACAGCCCUCGGCGGCCUAGCAUCUGAGUUUCCCUUGGAUCCCAGCCUAGCCGUCAUGUUGAUUUCAAGCCCCGAGUUCUACUGCUCCAACGAAAUUCUAUCAAUCACGGCCCUCCUUUCGGUGCCUCAAAUCUUCGUGCGCCCAGCCCAAAAGAGGCGGGAAGCUGACGAAAUGAAGAAUUUGUUUAAACAUAACGACGGAGACCAUUUGACGAUGCUGAACGUGUACCACGCUUUCAAGGGAGUCUUGAACCGCGGUGAAGACGCAAGGAAUUGGUGUCACAAGCACUAUCUGUCGUUCCGCCACCUUUCCAGUGCGGAUAACGUCCGUGCUCAACUCAAGCGCAUCAUGGAAACGCAGGGCUUGGACCUCGUCAGCACAGACUUCAACGAUAAGAACUAUUACACCAAUAUUCGUCGCGCGCUCAUCACCGGCUUCUUCAUGCAAGUAGCUAAGAAGGAGAAGGACAGGGUAUACCGCACCCUCAAAGACAACAGCCAGCAAGUUAUGCUGCACCCAAGCACGGUGCUCCAGACAGAAUACGACUGGGUCCUCUACAACGAAUUCGUCAUGACGUCUAAGCAUUACAUCCGAACAGUCACUGGAAUUAAACCAGAGUGGCUUUUGGAACUUGCCCCCGCAUAUUACGAUAUCGAUUCUUGGGACGGGCAGAAAGAAGUCAAGUUAGCACUGAAGGCCGUGGCUGACAAGAUGAGACGCCGGGCUGCUAUGAAGGGUGGUCGCUGAACCAGGCUAUCAUAAUUACCGCGAUAAAACGAUAAUGCCCUACGAAUUAGGACGAUCGAGGUCCCGAGAUUCCUUUCCAUGCAGAGUCGAGUUGAUAUACUGGGGAAUAUGGAACUUUUGGAACUGACAAUCCGAAGGCUAACAAAGCAUGUCUAAGAUGAGGAUUGCUCAGAGACAGGAAGUCCGGAACAUCUUAUAAGGUGUAUCUUAUACUACCUUAUCGCUAUCCUAGCAUUCGCGGGAGAUGUAUGAUGCGUGUCAUGUUAAUAAUUGAUGAAAAGAAACUUACUAGGCAAAGAGCUGUAAGGCUAAAGCAAGGCAGGAAGAAGCAUUUUAGAUCAGAGACCGUGGCCGCGAUAGAGAGCAAUGGCACAGAAGACGUUCUAAUAUAAGGUAUCUAGGUAGUUAGAUAAAGUCUUAAAACAAACAAAUGAGAAAUAUAUUGGCUCUAA